CGAUUUUUGUCUCGUCCCAAAUCUUUCUCACUCACCCAUAUCGUAACUUCAUUAUUCCUAUCCACUCUUUCUUAUAACUUUCAAAACGAUUCCUUAACUUCGAUCUCCAAACCGGCACAGGAUUCGUGGCUUCUUCCGUUUUAGCCAUCCAAGCAAAACCGUGAUCUCCUCUUUUCUUUCUAUACAGUCGAACAGUUAGGUUCAUAUAUAUUCUUCAAAACCUCUGUGUUUUACUAGAAAAUGGUGUGCUUAGUAUCUCGUCCGGGUCGUCAAUCCCAAAGAUACAAUAAGGGACGCCGUCUAGUUGUCGGGUAUGUAUCAUCUAUAUGUAUGUAUAUAGUUUCACCAUUAAUUCGAGUAGGUGUAUUCCGUACAGAGUCAAGACUUCGAACGAUAACAAAACUAGUGGCGAAUUUGAAGUUCUUGUUAUCUCAUCUCAGAAAGGUCAAGCUCUGAUGUUCCCAAAGGGUGGUUGGGAGCUUGAUGAAUCUGUAGAAGAAGCUGCGUCAAGAGAGUCUCUAGAAGAAGCUGGAGUUGUUGGAAACGUUGAGAGACAACUUGGAAAAUGGGAUUUCUUAAGCAAAAGCAGAGGAACAUUUUACGAAGGAUUAAUGUUCCCAAUGCUUGUGAAAGAGGAGCUUGAGCUAUGGCCUGAACAACAUCUUCGUCAAAGAACGUGGAUGAAAGUACAUGAAGCAAGAGAAGCUUAUAGAGAUUGGUGGAUGAAGGAAGCUUUAGAUGUUUUGGUCCAGAGGCUUUCUUCACCAUCAAGGAAGCCUAUGGAAGAAAAAGACAAGACCAUUCCAUUGAUCUCUCUAUCUGCUGAAAAACCAAAUCUGAUGUGUUCUUGAUCAUCACUUUAAUUUGUAGAUAAAAAACAUCUUACGCCUUUUUCGUGAAGAGUCUACGUACUAGUACUGCUGAAGGAAAAGUAUGUACAGAGGCGACGAACAGAUUGUAGAUUUUAGAUGUGUCGAGCAAGACAACGUCAUGUGAACGAUGGGAGGAAGAAGAUAAAAAUCAAAGAGUGCAAACAAAAAAACUGUACAAUAAUAACGUUUCCUCUUUUUUGUAUCUCUCCCCAUGUUCCUUAUCUGAUUUUGACAAUGAAUCAAUGAUCUAAAUAAAAAUUAAAACGAUAAUAUUCAGCAAACCA